GACUCCUUUUAUUUAAGCAGGUACCACCUGGUUGUCUACAUGAGGGCCUGCUUUGUGAUCGUGUUAUUACCUUACCUGAUCGCCACAUUGGAGCGGGCGUGUGCCAAGCCUACGCUAAGUGCCCACUUGGCAGAUCACCACAGUGGUCACGUAACUGGUCAUCACGAUGCCAUUAUUUACCAGCUUGGUCACGAGGAUCCACAUAGAGGAGCCUUGUUGCACCUGGCGUCUAUCCACGGCCACGAUGUUCACGGCAAUGGCCACGAAGCGGCCGUUCUGGCCGGAGCCGCUGGUAUUUCGCCGCAUGAUCAUACGGAGCACCAUCAAGGAGUUCACUACGAAGAUGGUGCCUAUGGCUGCCCUUUGCUCGGCUUCAUCUGCAAGCAUCACUGCUUGUCGAGUGGACAUGGCAGCGGCUACUGUGGUGGGCCUCAUUUAGGAAGGUGUAUUUGUCCCAUUUGGUAACCCUGGAGGAGACUAUGGCAGUAAUAAAUCAGACGUGUCU